GUGGUUGCUAGGCAACAGAAAAUAUGGCAGAUAACGAGAAUCGAUGCGAAGAGUUAUAAAAAUAAACUUUGUUGUUGAGAUUGGUUAGUAUACUUAUUUUUGUACAAAAUGGCAUCUCGUAAUGCUACGCGUUCUCCCAAAGAUCUUCGCCAAAUAUUGACGAUUGCACAUGAGGAAUCUGCAUUUUCUUCUGAUGAAGUUGAGAAAAAUCUUGCUAAAUUGAAAGGCUUGCCUAAAGAUGAAAUUUCUGAAACUGCAAUGUUACGAGAUCGUAUUGAUCAACAAUCGGAGCUAAUAUGCAUUCUAAAAAAUCGUGCAGACUCAAAUUUGAUUAAAUCACAAUGUUUUGAAAAUGAAAUAAAAGAAUUGCACCGUGCAAAAGAUGAUGCGGAAUGUAAAUUUCUUCAAGAGCACAAGAAGUUUCAAAUUCUUGAAGAAAGAUUUAAAAUUCUUUAUAAUAAUCAUGAAGAGAUCAUAAAAAUCAAAGAUGGUUACAAAGUUGUAAAUGACGAGUUGAGAAAAGAGAACAAGAAUUUAUUGGAGAGGAAAGAAGAGAAGAUUGCUGCUAUGGCAAGCGAGAAAGACAAAAUAAUAACAGACUUAACGAAAGAAAUGGCAUCUCUAAAAGAGCAAUUGCAGAAGAGUAAUGAUCUUUUAGAGGAAUUGAGGGAGAAUUUUCAAAAGAACGAAAGUCAUCUUAAUGAAGAAGUUAAACGAUUGAAACUUAUCGUUGAAAAAUCAGGAGAAACAUCUUUAGAAAUGACAGAAAAAUCAGAAGCACUAUCUUCUCAGCUUUCUGCUAAUAAAAUUGAAACGUCAAAGCUGCUUGAAGAGAAAUCUCAUUUGUCGAAAGAAAUAUCGGAAGCGAAGAAAACAAUAACGGAAAAAGAUAGAAAAAUGAAUCAGCUUUGUAUGAAAGUCGAUGAACUUGAAUUGAUGUUGAAAACACAAACAGAGAAAUAUCUGAAUGAACUUCGAGAAACCUCGGCAAACGUGCAGAUUCGGAAAUUGGAAGCAUUGUUGAAAAGAUCUGAGGAGAAAAUAUUCACUCGUGAAAAGGAAUUUACUGCAUAUAAGGAACACACAGACAAGCUGUUGAAAAAAGAACGAGAUCUAAAUUUUAAACUACGUCAAAUAAUUGGUUGAUCUGUGUAUUUAUAUCGAUGGAAUUAUUUUUAAUCUAGUUAUAUGUAUUUUUCAUUUAUCAUGUGAGACUGCACCUCAACAAUUUAUAAAAUUUGUAUAGACCAUGGUCAGAUACACCAUCACAGUCCAUAAUUUUACAGAUGAGCUGCAUGUCAAAUUGUGCGCAAUGCCUGUUUUGAAUGACAUUCUGCGUAGAAACGUUUUUUUCACUGGUAGAAAUAUACACGUUCAGUCUAAGCGUUGUUGCUUAUACUGCCAUAAAGUUCAA